AUGAAUCCAAAUUUUGAAAAUCAGGAACAGUAUCCGUGUGGAUUUUCUAAUCCUGGUAUCGAAAUAAAUAAUAAUAAUAACUAUGUUCAAACACAUAAUAGUAGUACAGCAGCAGCAGUUGGUUUAAAUAUAAGGAAUAAUCAAUUUGCUGUUGGUGUUGAUAAUAAAAAAAAUAUUAUAAAUAAUUCUAGUAUACAUGAUAAGAAAUCACCAGAAUAUGUCGAAUUUACACAAAAAUGUGUACAAGCGAUACUUGAGGUUAAUUAUGAAUUGAUCCGAGCCUGUAUUGAAUAUCAAAAACAAGGAUGGGUGAUAAAAUCAGUAAAUCUACCAGAUUUAACACCUUUACCUAUUCCACGCGGCUUAGUCGGACAAAAACUUAAUAGUCUUAUUCAACAAGCUGUACAGAUUUUUUCUGAUCAUAAAAAAUUCCAUCCAAAUAACUCAAGUGUUAUAAUAAAUUCAAUUAAUAAUCAUAACACAAAUAUAAACAAUAACAUUAGCAAUAAUAAUAACAAAGUUAUUAAUUCAAAUAUUAUGACAAAUACAAAUUCAUCGUCGUCGUCAUCAUCACAACAAUAUAAAUUAAGCCCAAACAAUGCUAUGGCACAACAAUUCCAACAAAAUCAAUCCGCACAGCAACAACAGAAUAUGACAGAUUAUAAUGCUGCUAUAAUGGCAGUUGCAGCAGCAACGAAUCAAGAUAGUGAUGCAUAUAAUAUAUUAAGGCCCUUAGUCGGAUUUCCUACAGGAUUUAUGACUACUGCUGAUGCUGUUACAAACACAGGGAUUGGCAAUACAGGAUAUAAUCCUACAAAUGCUUAUCAUAUGCAGCAGUUAAUGGAUUCGGAAAUAGUGGGAUUCCAAGCAGUACAAUAG